AUGGGUCCCAAACUCGACAUGAUGGCGCAGGACAAGCCCAAUCCGGAAGAAGCAAGCAAUGCCCUGUCAAGCUCGACUCUCAUUCCCGACAGUCAGCUCGAAAAGCAAGUCCUCCGAAAGCUGGACUUGCGACUUGCACCGCUUUUCGCGACCCUUUACUUCGUAGCGUACCUCGAUCGAAGCAAUAUCGGAAAUGCGGCUGUAGCCGGCCUGACCGAAGACCUUGGUCUGUCUGGUUCUCAGUUCAGCACCGCCGUCAGCAUCUUCUUUGCAACGUCGAACUUCAGCUGGCUCUACAUUAUCGAGGGGCUGAUAUCCCUACUUGCUGUUACGUGGGUGUGGUUCGGAUUGCCGAAUGAUCCAACCCGAGCGAAGUUUUGGAAACCAGAAGAGAGAGAAGUGAUGCUUGCUCGAGAAGCGCAACGACAAGAGUAUCUGGGAAGUCAAGUAUUUGAAUGGAAGGAGGUCUUCAACGCCUUCAAAGACCCUAAAGUCUAUUCCACGUAG